AUCUAUUGAAAUUGUUGUGAAAAAUUAAUUUGCGUCUUUGUAGUUAUACUUAUAUCGGUGCAUGGAAUCUAUUACCGCAUUAGGAAACUCCGCUAUGACAGAUAUUUCUCCAAAUCGAUUUGCAACCAUUUAAACAACCUUGCAAGUUAAAUACUAAGAUACUGAAAGGAUUUAAGACAAGGAAGAAGAGCUAUGGGCCUAGUAGUUCUAUUCAUGAACAACUUAAGUCAUAACAUAGUACUCCCAACUCGAAAAGUAUUGUAAAACGGCAAUUUGGAACAUUACCGUUUCGGGACGGAACACAAAAAUUUGAGAAUUUCAACAUUUACUACUUCAUGGUUUAUUGUUUAAUUCAACGAGUUAAGUACAAGAUCAAAGAAGCCAGUGAGGAUUAAUUCGAAAUUGCACAGUUAUAAUGGAUAUAUUUUCAACUCCAAUUGAUACCAAUGGCCCAUCAUCGGUAUUUUCCAAAUCGGUACAUCACCAAUUACCGGUUGGCUGUAGGUAUGGACCACAAGAUGCACCUAUUCAAACCAAUAACUUUUAUAAUAAUUUGACUUUAGAUAAUCAAACUUUCCCCGUAUGGACUCUUCCAUAUUCAUUAUGGUUGACUACUGAACCUCCACAAGAUUAUGGGUUAGCAUUCAAUCAUACCGAAGCUUCUCAAAGAGUAUUUGGACCUGAUCCAGGAGCCAAUCCAGCCCAAUUUUAUUUCAAUCCACCCAAGAUUAAAUCCUUUGUUAUUUCAGCAACUGAAUUCUCUGGAAAUAAACCAAGUCUUCAAUUAUCAGACCAUAAUAAAAUGUCUGUUACUUCUGCUUUAGUAUUGGAUAAUAAUCGAUUUAUAAGAAUUCCCUUAGCUCAAGGAAUGGGAUAUAUAACUUCAAUUUAUCAAAAUCUUCAACCGGUAAUUGCUUCAGAAGUAGGAUUUCAGGAAUUUUCAUAUGUAUCUAGUACUAAUGGAAUCCAGAAAUAUAGAGUUAAAUUGUUUAAUCAAGUUAUUUGGUCAUUCUAUGUUUUAGGCAAUAUGAAAUUUUCAUUAAAAGAUCCUAAUCAUAUAAUUGGAGAAGGUGUUGGUAAUGUAACUAUUCAAAUUGCUCGAGGUGAAUCUCAAAGUUAUGAUGUAACAGCAGGUACCUAUCCUAUCAAAAUUGACCUUCAAGGUUCAGCAAAUAAUGAUAAUGGUCAAUAUAAAUUUGUAUAUCAAAUGGAAGGUAGAUCAAGUUCAGGAGCCGGUUUAGUUUGGUGUUUACCUCAUCAUAUUGAGGCUCUUGAUAGUUCUAUCGCAUCUAAAUAUGCUGGUUUAGAUCUUGAUUCUCCUACCAAGGGAAUUAUGAAAUCAUACAUAACCAAUGAAUUACUGAUGAAUGAAAAAUUACCAAUUGAUAUUAAUUGGGAGCCAUGGACAUCAUUUUCAACUACAGCCAAAUAUUCUGAUUCAGCCAAGGCAUUAAUCAAACAAGCAGCACAAAUUGAAGUUCAAACAGAUGUUGUAGGAAUGGCUAAUGUUGAUUCAAUGUAUACCGCAGGGAAGAUUCUUGAUAAAUUUGCUUAUAUUGCUUAUGUAUGUCAUUUCAUUCUUAAUGAUGAUGAUUUAACUAAAGUAAUUCUUCCAAAAAUCAAACAAGCUAUUGAAAUCUUUGCUUCAAAUAAACAACCUCAUCCACUUAUUUAUGAUACUACUUGGAAGGGAUUAAUCUCUUCUGCCGAUCCUGCUGCCGACUUUGGGAAUUCAAAUUAUAAUGAUCAUCAUUUCCAUUAUGGUUAUCAUAUCCAUGCUAUUGCUCUUGUUGCUAAGAUUGAUCCAAGUUGGUUACAAGCCAAUGGUUCACUUGUUCUUAAUUACUGUAAUUCAUUGGUAAGAGAUGUUGCUAGUCCUAAAGCAGAUGCAUUCUUUCCUCAAUAUAGAUCAUUUGAUUGGUUUCAUGGACAUUCAUUUGCUCAUGGAAUUUUCCCUUCUGGUGAUGGUAAAGAUGAAGAGUCAUCUUCAGAAGAUUAUCAUUUUGCUUAUGGUAUGAAACUUUAUGCCAAAGUUAUUAAUAAUCCUCAAAUGGAACAAAGAGCCAAUUUAAUGUUGGCAAUUAUGAGAAGAUCAAUGAAUAUGUAUAUGCUUUAUUCUGAUGAUAAUACCAUUCAACCAAAGAAUUUUAUUAAGAAUAAAGUUGCAGGAAUAUCAUUUGAGAAUAAAAUCGAUUUUGCAACUUAUUUUGGUAGAGGAUCUAUUGCAGAUGAAUGGGUUCAUGGAAUUCAUAUGCUUCCAAUUACUCCAGUUUCAUCGUAUAUUAGAAAGGAACAAUUUGUUAAGGAAGAAUGGGAACAAAAAUUAGCUGGGAUUAUUGAUAGAAUUCCUGAUGGAUGGAAAGGAAUAUUAAUGCUUAAUUUAGCAUUAUAUAAUCCCAAAAGACUGUGGAAAUGGUUUGCAAGACAAGAUUGGGAUGAUCGAUUAAUUGACAAUGGUAUGUCAAGAACUUGGUCACUUGCAUUUAUUGCCGGAAUUGGAGGAACUAAUUGAGCUUUAUAUUUAUGAAGAAAACCAAAAGUAAAACU